CCACCAUUGUUCCCUGUCGAACCACGCGCCCUCAUCCUUCUGUACCCACAACAAAGAAGACUCCGAAGUCUUGAGAGCUCCACUCUCUUUUUGUCGCUAUAGACAACAUGGCAAAGAAGCAGCAAGCGAUGCACAGGUCUAGCACAAUGACGGCUGAAGCUAAGUACCCCCUCCGCAAUCGCCGUAGAUCUCUGCCGUUUCGGCCAAAUGCGAUGACUCCACGUGCGUGCACUAUCUUUUCACAUAUCAGCACGAAAGAUCUCGUAUGACUAUGCUUUGGUAUUAAAGCGCGUUGUUAUUCCUAUACCCAAGCUAGUUACCGGGUAGACCACUUCACCAUGGCUCCAUUACAGCAAUGUCUGGACCAUUUAAUCCUCUUCGUCCCUGCCAACCCGACCACGCAACUACCCGAAGUACCACCGUUUUUCUCAAACAACUUCACACUCACCCCGGGAGGCUUCCACGCCGAUGGCGCCACAUCGAACGUCUUGAUACUUCUCGCGGACGGAUGCUACAUCGAGCUCAUCUCCUUUAUCAAUCCGUCCCUCGCACGCGACCAUUGGUGGGGUCCAGACGCCGACUUCGUAGGGUGGAAAGACUGGUGCCUGACAAAUUCUCUUACACCUGAGAAGAACCGCACAUGGAUGACAGAGAGUUAUUCAGAGCCGAUCAAAGGCGGAAGGAAAAGAGCUGAUGGGGUUGAUGUAGCGUGGGCUGUCACUUUUCCCAAAGGAGAGAAGGGAGGUCAGGGUAUCAGAGGCAAGGUGCCGUUCUUCUGCCACGAUGUCACGCCGCGUAAUGUUCGCGUGCCGCUGGAUAAGGCGAGGACUGCACAUCCGUGUGGCGCGCUGGGGGUCAGACAAUUCAGCAUCAUUGUGCGGGAUCAGGCUAUGCUCGACGAGACAAAGACUGUGUAUGAAAGCAUCAUUGGUUAUGCUGGGAGAGAAGACUAUGGGGAAAUCAGUUUCUUGCUUGGACGCGUGCAGCAAGUUGAGAAGCCCAAGGGUGGUGUGGAAAUUGUGCUACGCUUGCCGAAGAACGAGGAAGAGCGGGAGCGCAUCGCGGAGCGGGGAUUCUGGUAUGGAGAUGUCGUCCUCGUGACAGACGCAAAGGCUGGCAAGGCGGGAGGUACCCGGGAGAGACUGGAUAGUGGAGAAGGUGAGAGUGAUGUUGGCGGGAUUUGGCUGGAGUAUGUCUGAGCGAGGGGAAGAAGCCAAUGAGCGUGUUCAUACGAGGAUCGCGAUCAUUCCUGAAUCAAGUCGUUUUUGCCAAAACUAAUCUCGCAUAUCGAGAAGAUGCCUCUUUUCAAGAACCCCAUCC